GGCCGGGGCCCCCCGUGCCUCCCCCCCGCGGAACUACAGCUCCCGGCGUGCCCCGCGCCGUUCCCAUGGCCACGGGCGGCCGGGCCCGCGCCCCGCGCAGCGAUGCCCAAGGCCAGUGAUACUUUAUGGGAUCUUGCUAUAGCUGAAGUGGAGAAGAGAGAAAAUCCUGAUGAUGAUGAUGUCAAGCCAGGGGAAGUUUGGGAAAAAUCAAUAUUAUUUAUAGGAAACAAAAACGGGGGAAAGAGCACUAUCAUACUGAGAUGCCUUGAGAGGGAAGAGUCUCCAAAGCCAACAUUAGCCUUGGAAUAUACUUUUGGAAGAAGAGCAAGGAGACACAAUACACCUAAAGAUGUAGCUCAUUUUUGGGAAUUAGGUGGUGGAACCUCAUUAGUGGAACUCAUUCGAAUACCAAUCACUAGCCACAACAUAAGGUCAUUUGCUGUAGUUCUGGUCUUGGAUCUCUCCAAACCUCAUGAACUCUGGACUACUAUGGAGAGCCUUCUGCAGGUCACCAGGAACCACGUGAACAAAAUUUUAACCAAACUAGAAAAGACCAACCCUGAAGUAGCUGCUGAAAUUAAACAGAGAAUGUGGAACAAUCUGCAGAGGGAUCACCCUGACAGUGCAUUAGUUGACCCUUUUCCAAUACCUUUGGUGAUAAUUGGAAGCAAAUACGAUAUUUUUCAUGAGUUUGACUCUGAAAUUAGAAAAAUAAUAAGCAAGACACUUCGAUUCAUUUCGCAUUAUUAUGGAGCCUCAUUAGUGUUUACCAGUAAAUCUGAGGCUCUCCUGCUGAAAGCCCGUGCUCUUAUUAAUCACUUGGCAUUUGGCUACGAUAAAAGCAAGUCUGUAUCAGUGGAUCCCAGCAAACCUCUCUUUAUACCAGCAGGCCUGGAUUCAAUGAGCCAAAUAGGACCACCACCUGCCUCUGACAGUGAUCUUGGAAAGAUGCGUGCCAACACACCUUUGGAACUAUGGAAAAAAGUAUUUGAGAAAACAUUUCCUCCCAAGAGUUUCUGUGAUUUACAAGAUACCAAGGACCCUGCACAGGAUAGUCAAUAUGCUGAGUAUGAAGUUGAUGUCAUGAGAGCUCAGAAAAACCAGGAACUUGAACAAUACAAAAGAAAUGCCUCUAAAUCCUGGAAAGAAAUGGAUUUUGACUCCGAUUGAUGAACUGCUCUGUCUUCAAUUUAACACCAUUUACAAAAUUAUUUUUAUAAUUUUUACAUUACAUUAGCAAUUUCAUCUGAUGCAGUUGAAAAUAUAUAAUAUCAAACUAUGAAUUUGGUACUUAUUAAGCAUUCCUGUUGUUAUUUUUAUUAAAGGAGCUGUUUAUUCACUCAGUCCAAAUUAGUUCAUCUUGGCACUGGCAAAGAGUUUUAAAAACCGGGGAGAAAGGAAUUCUAGAUUGCUGAUUGCUGUCAGAUGGGUUUGUAUAUAGCAGAAGACUAUAUUUAGUAGAAGACUGGCAUUAGUCAGUUCAACCUAAUCUAUAACACAUUAUUUGAUUUACUUUUGAAUACUUUAAGCAUAUAUUUAAAUACAAACAAGUUUUCACACCCAAAAUAUGAAACUGUGUAUUGUGCUAGGCUUCUUUUUGUAGUUCAAAACCAAAGCUUAAGAAAUACUUGCAUAUUUGUUUGAUAUAUUUGAAUAAAUAAAAAAAACCCCUAAAACUGGCAGAAUAAAGUGGAGUUAAAGCCUUCUUUGACCUGAAUUCAGAAGGGUGCUUCUGUCACAGAAUCAUACAGUUUAAAACAGUUUUGUUUCCUCCAAUGUCUAAUGUCACACAGAGUUUAGAAGAUGGAUGUUUCUAAAUUCUGUCACAUAUUCAAAGUCAGUCUAAUUAAUUAAUUUGACAAUACUUGAUUAGUGCUGAGAGUAUUAUUGAUUCACAUUCAGCCUAAAGCAGGAAUGGUUUUUUGUCCAUGCACAUCUCACUAGUGUGAGAUGCAGUGAGUAUUCUGAGAAUACCCAAAACAAUCCAGAUUAAAGCCAGAGGUGUCUCCUGAGAGCUCAGACUUGUCAGAGAGUGAACGUCUAAACAGUCACUUGGCAAACCAGAUCAACCCUACAUGCUCAUAAAAAUGGGAGAGACGGACUAAUCUGGUAUCUUUCCAGCUAUUUAAAGCUAUUUGUUAUUUUUAACAUAUUCAUUCACCAGAUGUUUUUCUGAUAACAACAUUUAUAUCUCAGAAUAUUUUGCAUAAAGAUACUAGAAAAAUACAUUUAAAUGGAAAUACUGUAUUACCUUGAGGAUUUUAUUUAAAAUUCCUUGUUAUGAACUGCCUCAUCUCAAAACUACCAUAUAAAACUAGCUAUAUAAUUACAGAAUUUUAAGAUACAGAUAUACUUACCUCCUCGGAGAAAUCUAUCUCUCUGCAAAAACUAAUUUCUUCACAGAACAUGAAAAUAAGAUAUAAAAUUUAGGAAUUCUUUAUCUGUUACGUUUUCAAUUUUGAAAGGCCCAUGAGAAAAAUUUCCAAAGAUGAAAAUGGCAUUGCUUCUGACAACUUUCAUACUUUUUCCCUAGUUAAAUGGACAUUUUAUUAAAUAAAACCAAAACAUUAUUAAACAAACAUAUUUUUUUCAUUGUAAUUCAUAAACUGCUUCCAAAACAAGAUUAGAACUUGACAGUGAAAAGAAAGAAUUUAUAUAAAUAACUUGUCUUCACUGAUUUACUAUCAUUUACAAGGCAAAACCAACUUGGGUAACUUUGAUACUGCUUCAAGAUCCCUCACUCAUCAGUUGUAUAGUGUGUAUAAGAUUAAAGUGGAGUGAUUUCUUGAUUCUGUCUUUACACAUAUUUGGUUUGUUUCCUGUCUACAAAUUCCUCAAACAGUAUCAAAACAAGGUAUAAGACUGAAAAUGCAAUCCUAGAAAUGAGAUUUACUAGCAGUUGGAUCCCUCUACUUAUCAGUAGUAGUUAAAAAACAAAACAGUGGGGAAAAAAAUUAGAGCACCAUUGCUAUGUUGUUAAAAAUUGUCAGCAAUAGCUGAUGUUCCAAAUUGCAAGGCAAGAUGUAUUCUAUUACCAUCUGUAUGGCAGCUGUCUUGUGCCAAGUGGGCAGUUUUCCUUAUCUCUUCCACAAUCACUCCUCCCUCGGGAGGGGCCAUCUGCUGAUAACAGGCUAUUGAAUGUCACUGCAUGACUGGUAAGAACUACAGCAUCCCAUUGUGAGAUGCUCUGCCCAGAAGGAGGAGCCAAGCAUUCCUAACUGGAUAUAAUCUGGAGAUUCUAGAGUACCAGCACAGCUUCUUCUCCACUGGAUUUCCCAGAGGAACAGCAGCUGCCUCUUCUUCCACUGGAUCUUCAGAGGAACACUACACCCUUUUCUACGGGAUCCCUGCUCCAGCAGAACCACACCUGACACUUCAGGAAGACUGCAGCCACAUUUCCAGCUGGACUGCUACCAACACCCUGACCAACAGGGUGUCAGGUUGAGUUCUGACUCUGUCAGUGUUGUUCUCGUGUACUGCAUUGUUUAUUUUAUCCUUUUAUUUUCUUCCCUAUUAAAGAACUGUUACUUCCUGCUCCCAUA